AGUCACAGAGACUCGGAAGCAUAAGCGAAAUCCAUGGAGGUUAACGUCCUCCGAUCUAUCUCCGGCCUCAGCGCCUCUCUCUCCGACACGCUUCCACGACGAACGAAACUCUCUCUUCUUCGUGUAUCCCUUCCUCUCUCUUCUCCAUUUCUCGUAUCUUCUUAUUCUUCUGCUUCUUUGUCUUCUUCGUCUUCCCGUCGUCUUACUCCGCCCAUUUUAUUCGCUGCACAGGAGAGUCAUCUGAGCGUACCGCCUGAUAAUGAUACGAGAGAAUGGGUAAUGCAAGAUUUUUAUACACUAAGGAAGGAUGUAGAAACUGCAUCUGCACGUGUUGAAGAGAUUAGGGCGUCUGUGGGUCUGCAGAAACUGGAACAAGAACUCGAAGACUUGGAGUCGAAGGCAUCUGAUAGUUCUUUUUGGGAUGACCGGGCUAAAGCUCAAGAGACUCUUUUGGCCUUGACCGAUAUUAAAGAUAAGAUACGGCUUCUCUCUGAGUUCAAAUCAAAAGUUGAAGAUGCAGAAACAAUUGUUAAACUAACAGAAGAGAUGGAAUCCAUUGAUCCCGGGUUACUGGAAGAGGCUAUGGGGAUCAUCAAAGAGUUGAAUAAAGAUUUGGAUCGGUUUGAGUUGACACAGCUUCUUUCAGGACCCUAUGACAAAGAGGGUGCUGUCAUCUCUAUUACAGCUGGAGCUGGAGGAACAGAUGCUCAGGAUUGGGCGGAAAUGCUACUUAGAAUGUAUGUAAGAUGGGGAGAGAAGCAGAGGUACAAGACGAGAGUUGUUGAGAUGUCUGCCGGAGAGGAAGCCGGGAUUAAGUCAGCGACCCUUGAAAUCGAAGGGCGUUAUGCAUAUGGUUACCUAUCAGGUGAAAAAGGAACUCACAGAAUUGUUCGGCAGUCUCCAUUCAACGCGAAAGGCCUUCGCCAGACCAGCUUUUCUGGUGUUGAAGUCAUGCCACUUCUUCCCGAGGGUUCGGUGGAAGUUGAAAUACCAGAAGACGAUCUAGAGAUUAGUUUCACACGGGCAGGCGGAAAAGGAGGUCAGAACGUUAACAAGGUUGAAACUGCUGUCCGUAUUACUCACAUCCCUACCGGCGUCACAGUUCGCUGUACCGAGGAGAGAACACAACUGGCAAACAAGACAAGAGCUAUGAGCAGACUGAAGGCAAAGCUGUUAGUGAUAGCAGAGGAGCAGAGAGCAUCGGAGAUAAAACAGAUAAGAGGGGAUGUGGUGAAGGCGGAAUGGGGACAGCAAAUCAGGAACUAUGUGUUCCAUCCCUACAAGCUCGUCAAGGACGUACGGACAGGAUACGAGACAUCGGACAUCACAUCUGUAAUGGAUGGUGAGUUGGACCCUUUCAUCAAAACUUACCUCAAGCAUAAAUACACCCUUUCCAUGUCUUCCUCUUCUGCUGUGGCAAAUUAGAUUAUUAGUAUGUUACCUAUGACAUAAGACUGUAUUUGUAUUCUAUAACUUCCUCUGUUCAAUGCCAAUGCCCUCAAGGUAUACUGACUUUGCUCACUA